CAAUCACCCCCUCCCCUUCUACAGGUCUGGGGUAUAGAGGGAGCUGUGAGGAGCUGUCAGGGACAGGGGGAGAGAGGGAGACUGGAGAAAGACAGAAAGUCACAACAGACUGAUAGAAAGUAAGAUUCAGAGAACCAUACCGGGAAUGCAGACACUGGAGACAGGGAGCGUUAGGAAACAGACAAGAGAAUUUUACAUCAGAGGGAUGUGAUGAAGAGGUGUGAGAGCUGGAGGGAAAAAGAAGAAUGCAAAAUAAAGAAUUUGGGAAUUAAAAGUGAGUAGUGGAAAGAGAAGAAAAAGCGCAAGGGAGAAAAACGAGAUGGAAACAGCGUCAGGCUAAGCCAACGACUCUAGCCAAGGACAGUCACACUUUGUGACAGUGACUCUUCCUGACAUAUAGAACAGAUCCAAAGUCAGACAGGGACAUGAACAGCUCUGGUCUCCUGAGAAAGUGGCACAAGUGACAGACCUCAGCUCAACGAUUGACUUGCCAAAAGUCGUAAAAAGGACGAAUUCUGUUCAUGCUUCUAAAAGUCCCGGUGAUUUAGAAGACCGCUUAAGAUCCUCAAACUGGAAGAGCCAGCCUGUUGUGUGCCACAAAAAAGACAAACCACUUGACUUGUGAAGAAGCUAUUGGAUUGACACAAGGAGAAGAAGUCCACUCUUGUAGUAAAGACCCAGGAACAGCGUCGACAGAACAUUUUAGACUAUUGAUCCUGAUUCUCCUUUGGAAAAAAUGCAAGAUAGGAUGCUCAGGAUUUUGCUUUUAGUUUCCCUCUUUGCGUGGUUUGGCGGGCUACUGUGCCCAGCCGAUGCCAAAGGGACAUAUUUCCCACCUCCUUCUACGGGAAGGUUCAUUCACAGCCUGUAUCAAUCGGGUUCUCAUCCCCAGACCUAUGGCAAACCCAUCACCAAGCACAGAAACUACUGUGUCUAUGUGGUGGAGAAGAACGUGACCUGCACACAGCAGGACGGCACAGAACCGUAUGUCAAGGCUGAGUACCUCAAGUGCAGUUGGGGACCCAAAUGCCCAGGAACUGUUGUGUACAGGACACUUUUCAGGCCCAAGUAUAAAAUCGGGUACAAGAUAGCGACUGAACUGCAGUGGCGCUGUUGUCCUGGACAUUCAGGGGAUGCCUGCCAAGAAGGACCUCCCAUCCAGCCAGCAUAUCAUCCACCUUACAUGAGCCCCAAGGCAGCCCCAGGACAGAAACUCUUCCCUCCACCAAAGACACCUUCCUACCCUAAACUGCCACCUGAGACUCUUCCAGACGCACCAAUGUCACCUAAGAAAAGUGGCUAUGGAAGAAAAUUGUCCCCUAUAUUUGGAGAACGUUUGGAUCGUUUGGAAGAGGAAGUCAGACGUUUGUCUCAGUCUUAUGACAGCUUACACGGAAUAGUAAGCAGUUUGGGGGACUCUCUACGUCUUGCCAUACAGGAAGACACCAACAAAAUGAUUGGCUCAUUAGUGAGCGGGCCUGGUUCUUCAUCACAGUCAUCUGUUGGCUUCGGGGUGAUUCCAGAUGCUUUGGCUGAGGCUCCUCAUGUUCCUGGAGACUUAACUGGCAAAGUAGCUGAAGUGAGUGAACUUUUACAAUCGAAAACAGAGCUUCUGGAUGAAGUGAAUGGGAUGGUGAUGGGUCAUGAAGCACAGCUCCAACACUUACUCGAGGCUGCAAGACCUUCUCCACUUACCUCCACUGAAAUGCUGGAGCAGUACUUGGAAGGCAAAAUAGCAGAGGCACAGGCAAAGAUGAUGGAAGGAAUAGAGGCACGGAUACAGAAGAUCCAAGGUAGCUGUGAUAUUAAAGUACAGGAAGUUCAGAAGCAGUGCCAAGAUGUAGAACAGGCAGCAGGUCACCGAAUGCAGCAGGAAAUGGAUGGAAGAGAAGUUGCAUUCCAAAGAGAAUUGUCAAAGUUAGGUGCCAGACUACAGGAACUGGGUGCACUUGAUGGCUGUUGUGGACGUUUGGAAGACCUCAGUAGGCGCGUAGAGGAACUGGAACGUAGUUUGCACCAACAGACUGAAGAACACCACACUCUUAGCCAGAGGGUGGAUGUGGAACUUACAAGGCUUAUGAUGGAGCCUCAGACUGGAACAAGAUUGGAUGAAGUCGAAAGCAGGUUAAACCUAACUGAGGAAGGUGUGAGAAGGUGCUGCCAGGAAGGAGUGGAAAGAGGCCACUUGUUAACUGAGUUGGAUGGAGUAAGGGCUUCUGUAGAUGACAAAGUAAGAGUUUUGGAAGAGAGAAUUUUAACAGCUGUUGGAGAGCUCACCAAUGCCUCGGCUCCUUUGGCUCUGGAUGGAGCAGUGAUGCCUUUAUUGGAUGCUCAUUUGUCUGGGAUACGGAAAGAAGGUCUUGAAGGGCUGGAAGGAGUACAGAGUCGACUUGCUGCUGUAGAGGAGUUGUGUGCCGCUGGAUGUUCUGCACCUGGAGGAGAAUCUCUUGUAGAGAUUCAUAAUGAGAUCUUACAGUGCCAGAAGCAGAACCAGGAUGUCCAAAAACAACUAAGUCACCUGAAUGGUACUGUUUUAGGCAUUAAGAAACAGAUUCAACGACAACAUGAGGAAGCAUUACAAGGCGAGAUCACUCUGCUACAAGUUAACUUGCGCAGUGUUGGACGUUCUCUGCAUGGCUUGGAAAAAACGGUGAAUAGAUAUGCAGAUACUGUAUCACAGGUAAAUUCAACGGCUGAGGAGCGGGGUAACCGACUGAGUGAAGAAAUGGUUACUGUUCAAGGACAGAUAGACGGACAAGGCUCUCAAAUCCGGUACAGCCGAGGACAGCUGCUAGGACUACGUGGGGAUAUGGAAAGGAUGAAAUCACGUCUUGCAGGUCAGUUAGGUAGUUGUCAAGUUCUUGCCCGUGAAUUUCAAGGAGAAGUGGCACAGUUUGAGCGUAGGGUGAACCAAGUGGAAGGUGCCUGUGGAGCCCAGGAAGCAAGCUUUUUUGGCUAUCUGGACCAUGUCAAUAGCACACUAGCCUCCCAUGAUCGUGGUUUGGAAGCCCUGAGAUAUGAGCUGAAUAAAAUUACACAACAUGUGCCAAGCUUGCCACUGCCACCUACCACACAGGACACUGCUGAAGGCAAAUAGCUUAUAUCGUAAUUUUAGUAGAAGUUCUUCCUUGAACAUGGUGGGCAACAAUAAACAAAAACUUAAGGACCUUAAAAAGAAAAAUGCCCACUUGGAACAGGGAGACAGGAGAAGACUGAUUCUCAGAGUUUGGGGCAGCUAAGUCACUUUUUUAGGGGGGAGGGUGGGGGAGGGGUACAUUUUCAAUGCCACCUGUUCAAUGCAAGAUAAAGUGGCAAUGCAGGGAUAUGUGUGGUGCUAGGGCAUUAUUACUAUACAAAGGACUGGACUUUCCACAGACUGUAUAUCUCUCAGUGUCUUCUUCUGUGUUACCCUGAUGCAGUGCGAGAGCUUAGAUAAAGCUUGCUUCAUCUCUGUGCCUAUCUGAAGAUAACCUCACUCUGGGAUGAAUUAUGAUGCCCGAAAUGAAGCCCCCUCUUUGUUCUCUGCCAGCAGUGGAACUGUUAGAAAUAAGCAGGGGAACAAAAAAAAUGAUGUGCCUGUAUGUAUCAUGCAAGAAAACCAUAAACACUAAAGGCUCAAACCAAAUGUUAACCCAAUAUAUCCACUAGGAUAUCUACCUGCACACAUAAACCCUUCCUCCUAUGAACUGCUAAUCUGUUUAAUGCACGGUUACAAUGUUGCAACAAGUCUACCAUUCAUUCCCAUCAGUCCAAAACACCUAAAAAGUUCAUUCUAAAAUCCUGUAUCUAAGCAGGUUACAUCUCCUAGCUUUAGGAAGUUUGUUCCACUUUGCAACACACAGCAUAGUCUCCUAUCAAAUUGGUUUCCUUGUCCUUUUAAUGUUGCAUAUGCCCCCCCUGGUGGAUAUCUCUAGCAUUACAGGCCCAUGCUAACUAUGAUACAAGCCCUGGAAUGGGGUCAUAAAUCACCUACACAGAUGUACAGAAAAGGAGCUUAUUAGAACAAUGAACAAUAGCUAGGCUACGUGAAUUGCAUAUAUAUGAUGGCUUCAGCUCUGAAUUUUCUUACUGUGUCAGGGACUGGAACCACCCGUUACCAAGUGUUAACUGAGAAAUUUCUUGUUGCUUAUGUGACAAGUUAAGAUGGUAAUAUCCGUCUUUAAAAAAAAUGAUAAAUCCCACCUAAUUUAGUCACUCGCAUUUAAACCUUCCACUUACAUGUCUCAACCAAGUGACCAUUGUGGCAUACACAUGCUGAUUUUAACAUGAGUGCUUAAAUAAAGUGUGUGGAUUUUUGGCACAA